UACUAAGAAAUCAUUAUUCUGCGAUUGUUUUUAAUUUCUAUUUUAAGUAUAUUGUUUGGUUUUAAGUCUUUAUGACUGGAAAAUGCUGUGGAACACUGGGACCCUAAUUCCCGUGUCUGCUUUUUCUAUUAAACACAUUUGAAUUUUUGUAUCAAUCUGAAGUUGGUGUAUUAUCUUAUUGUUGAAUAUUCCAGGAAAAGAAAUGUCUCUGCUACAAUGAUGGAGCUUAAAUUUGGUUACUGAUAAACCAAAUUGGAGAAGCUAUCAUGACAAUUCUUGAAGAAGUUCUCGAAUCACAUGUAAUGGCUAAGUUCUGAAAUUUCUGCACUGCUCAUUUGAAGGUAUGCUAAAAAGGUCGAAACUUUUGAUUAACAUACGUGAAGAGCUAGGAUCUCUGAAUAGGAACCCUACAUUUGCAUUUUGUACUUGUGUGACUGAUGACAAGUGUGAUAAUGCUAAAGCAAGGGGCAAUGGGUCGGAGUCUGAGAAUGAAUGGGAAAGAUUGCUUAAGCCUUUUGACUUCAAACAACUCCAAAGAUCACUCAAUAAAAUUACCCCGUAUCAGCUCAAUAAAUUAUUGGCACUCCCUUUGGAUGUACCAACAUCGAUGGAGCUAUUCCAGUGGGCCAGUAGCCAAACGAGCUAUUGCCACUCAUUUGAUGUCUACUAUACUUUAAUUGAUAAACUUGGGGCUGCCAAGGAAUUUAAGAUCAUAGAUAGAUUGUUAUUACAGAUGAAAGAUGAAGGGGCAGUUUUCAAAGAGUCCCUCUUUAUUAUGAUAAUGAGGCAUUACGGAAGAGCUGGUUUACCAGGGCAAGCAACUAGAAUACUUUUGGAUAUGUGGAAUACUUUCUCUUGUGAACCCACUUUUAAGUCAUAUAAUCAAGCGUUGGAUAUUCUGUUAGCCGGAAAUUGUCCCAAAGUUGCUCCAAAUGUAUUUUAUGAAAUGUUGGGGAAAGGUAUUUCUCCUUCUGUAUUCACUUUUGCUCGAGUGAUACAAGCAUUAUGUAUAGUCAAUGAGGUAGACUCUGCUUGUUCACUUCUCAGAGACAUGACAAAACAUGGGUGUGUACCAAAUUCAGUUAUUUACCAGAUUCUUAUUCAUGCACUUUCAAAGUCUAAUCGGGUAAAUGAUGCGUUAAAACUUUUGGAGGAGAUGUUUCUUAUGGGUUGCAUACCCGACGUCAAUACUUUCAAUGACAUUAUCCAUGGGCUUUGCCGAGCUGAUAGGAUUCAUGAGGCUGCAAAACUGGUUGAUCGGAUGCUUCUUCGAGGUUUCACCCCCGAUGCUAUAACUUAUGGAAUUCUGAUGCAUGCUUUAUGUCAAACAGGGCGAGUAGAUGAAGCAAAGGUUCUUCUCAACAAAGCACCUGAACAGAAUAAUGUCCUCUUUAAUACGUUGAUCAAUGGCUAUGUGACUAAUGGCCGAGUUGAUGAAGCAAAAACCAUUCUGAAUGAGAACAUGUUGAUUAAAGGUUAUCAACCAGAUGUUUAUACAUACAACAUUCUAAUUCGAGGUCUUUGCAAGAAGGGAAUUUUGUCUUCGGCUCAUGAAGUUGUAAACGAAAUGUCAUCCAAAGGUAUCCAGCCCAAUGCAAUUACGUACACUACCUUGAUUGAUGGCUUCUCCAAGGCUGGCCGCCUACAGGAAGCUUAUGACCUUGUUACUGAGAUGUCAGCAAAAAGUCUCAGCCUAAAUAUAAUGGGUUAUAACUCUCUUAUAUCAGCUUUGAGUAAACAAGGAAUGAUCCAACAGGCAUUAGAAAUUUUUAGUGAUAUGUCAAGCAACGGAUGCAAACCAGACAUUUUUACAUUCAAUGCUUUGAUUUUAGGCUUUUGCAAGAUUGACAAGAUGGAUGAAGCUUUGGGGAUAUACCGAGAUAUGUUCCAGGAAGGAGUUAUUGCUAAUACAGUUACCUACAACACAUUGAUUCAUGCUUUCUUGAGGAAAGGUAAAACCCAAGAGGCGCUUAAGCUUGUAAAUGAUAUGUUAUUCAGAGGAUGUCCCCUUGAUGAGAUCACAUACAAUGGCCUCAUAAAAGCACUUUGCAAUGAUGGAGCAGUUGAGAGAGCAGUAGGACUUUUUGAAGAAAUGAUGAGAAAGGGAUCAAAACCUAAUCAUGUAACGUGCAACAUCUUGAUCAACGGCUUUUGUAGAAUAGGUAAGGUUCAAAAUGCCCUUGAGUUUCUGAGAGACCUGAUACAUCGUGGAUUGACACCUGAUAUAGUCACAUAUAACAGUCUAAUAAAUGGCCUUUGUAACAAUGGUCGAAUUCGAGAGGCUCAGAACCUCUUUGAAAAAUUAGAACUUGAAGGAGUUUGUCCUGAUACUAUCACUUAUAACACCUUGAUUUCUUCCUAUUGUAAAAUGCGCAUGCUUGAUGAUGCUUAUACCCUGUUUACUAGAGGCAUAGCUGUUGGGUUCAUUCCCAAUAGUGUCACAUGGUACAUACUAGUUAGAAAUUUUGUUCGAAAGAGUUAUGAGUCAGUUACUACUUUGACUUAGGUAAGUCAAUUUGAACAAGAACCGGCAUUUCUGAACAUGAUUAUAUUC